AUGUUGCCCGUCAACGACAAUGGCUACGAGACGGCGGUAGCGAGGCCGAACGGCGCGCGCGAGCCCGGAAGUCUUGCGCAGAAUAAGAAGGCCCCCGGCAGCCACACCCAGCAGCUCAACUACUCCAGCAAUGACGAUUCGCAGGACACGACGGCAACACACGACAGUGAUCGCGUCUUCACACCCCCGGACAGCGACAGCGGUGCCAGCAGCGUCGCCGCGCCGGGCAACGGCAACGCGUCCAGCCAGGAGUCCCAGCUCCUCCAGCUAUCACAGCUAGCUGCCGCACAGGAGAAGAUGGCCGACGCUGGCCAGUCGAGGAAGCGGAUGGCAGAUGGUGCGGUGAAACAUACUAGAGACAGCUCCAGUACGUCGCCAGUCCGGAUGCAGGGCCACUCCAGGAAUACUAGCACCGUGAGCGUUGCUUCCACCGCGGGAAGCCGUAUCGGAGAGCUCUCCGCAGAGCUCAAGACCAAGCUGUCGUACGCCAUGAUGAAGGUAAACAACGGCUGGCAAAGUCACUCUAUCGACGAGGUUGAGUCGUUGGCAUCGCACGUUGCUUCCCCUACCUCGAGCACGUCCACGGUGCAUGGUCGACAUGGAACUUCUGCAAGUCCGCGGGUGGUGCUCACGGGUAUGCGUCAGGGGGCAUCAAGUGCUGGCAUAAGCCCUAUAAGCCAGCAGGCGCCGCAGGGACGGACGUACGAGUCCUUCUGGAGGGAGAACAACAGCAGCAACAAGCCUCAGCACCAUUCCGCUUCACCACCCACCUCCCAAGUCCCUAUGCUGGCCCCACCAGCUGCAAUCCAACCUGGCAGACCCGGACAAAUUAACCCACGCCGCAAUUCCAAUGCUAGGUAUACUCCUACUUACCUCUCGCAACAAGCUUCACCACAUACGCCAGCUCAGCCAAGUCCUCUUCAGAGUACACCGGGGACCACAAGUAUCAGGACGCCACAGGUCGAUCCUAUCCUGUAUUCUCCACACCAGAACGUCAGGGAACAGGAGGCACUAGAAACCCUCAUCUUCAUGAGCAGCCCUGGAAACUCGGCUAACUUGAAACAUACGUUCCCAUCAUCGCAGCCCAGCAGCCUGCCGUCGAGUUCUCAACCUCAACGGACGGCUCUGCCGACCUCUAGAUUGGGGCCGGGGCCUCAUGGCAGCCAGAAUCGGAAACAGCUUCCGACCGGACGGCACCAAGCUCACGCCUCUACUGGCAAGCGCGUGGGGUUCGAAAAAUCGCCCAGCAAUGCCAGUUACAUGGAUGUAGACGGCUCCCCGCGUGGCACGCCACGCAGAAAGACCAUCGGCGGUUCGAGGCCUUCCAUCGCCGUGUCGGCUGGACUGGGAGGGUCUUCCCAGCCGAGGCCGCAACUGCAGGACGACGACAUCGAGCGCAUGCUAGAUCGGGUAGCUGCAGACGACAGCUCGGAUUCCGAGGGCGAGAUAUCUCUCCCACGAGAUCGACGGAGGGAAGGUGCCGGAGUUGGAGUUUGA